AUGAUAAACUGGCCUCGUCGUACAGGCCUGUGGCUUGUGCUGAGGCCGGGCCUGAGGCUCGUGCUGAGGCCGGGCCUGAGGCUAGUGCUGGGGCCGGACCUGAGGCUCGUGCUGGGGCCGGGCCUGAGGCUCGUGCUGAGGCCGGGCCUGAGGCUAGUGCUGGGGCCGGACCUGAGGCUCGUGCUGGGGCCGGGCCUGAGGCUCGUGCUGAGGCCGGACCUGAGGCUUGUGCUGAGGCCGGGCCUGUGGCUCGUGCUGAGGCCGGGCCUGAGGCUCGUGCUGGGGCCGAGCCUGAGGCUCGUGCUGGGGCCGGACCUGAGGCUCGUGCUGAGGCCGGACCUGAGGCUCGUGCUGGGGCCGGGCCUGAGGCUCGUGCUGAGGCCGGACCUGAGGCUCGUGCUGAGGCCGGGCCUGAGGCUCGUGCUGAGGCCGGGCCUGAGGCUCGUGCUGAGGCCGGACCUGAGGCUCGUGCUGAGGCCGGGCCUGAGGCUCGUGCUGAGGCCGGACCUGAGGCUCGUGCUGAGGCCGGACCUGUGGCUCGUGCUGGGGCCGGACCUGAGGCUCGUGCUGAGGCCGGACCUGAGGCUCGUGCUGGGGCCGGGCCUGAGGCUCGUGCUGAGGCCGGGCCUGAGGCUCGUGCUGAGGCCGGACCUGAGGCUCGUGCUGAGGCCGGGCCUGAGGCUCGUGCUGAGGCCGGGCCUGAGGCUCGUGCUGAGGCCGGACCUGAGGCUCGUGCUGAGGCCGGACCUGUGGCUCGUGCUGGGGCCGGACCUGAGGCUCGUGCUGAGGCCGGACCUGAGGCUCGUGCUGGGGCCGGGCCUGAGGCUCGUGCUGAGGCCGGGCCUGAGGCUCGUGCUAAGGCCGGACCUGAGGCUCGUGCUGGGGCCGGGCCUGAGGCUCGUGCUGAGGCCGGGCCUGAGGCUCGUGCUAAGGCCGGACCUGAGGCUCGUGCUGAGGCCGGGCCUGAGGCUCGUGCUGAGGCCGGGCCUGAGGCUCGUGCUGAGGCCGGACCUGAGGCUCGUGCUGAGGCCGGACCUGAGGCUCGUGCUGGGGCCGGGCCUGAGGCUCGUGCUGAGGCCGGGGCCUGAGGCUCGUGCUAAGGCCGGACCUGAGGCUCGUGCUGAGGCCGGGCCUGAGGCUCGUGCUGAGGCCGGACCUGAGGCUCGUGCUGAGGCCGGGCCUGAGGCUCGUGCUGAGGCCGGACCUGAGGCUCGUGCUGAGGCCGGACCUGAGGCUCGCCUGAGGCUCGUGCUGAGGCCGGACCUGUGGCUCGUGCUGGGGCCGGACCUGAGGCUCGUGCUGAGGCCGGACCUGAGGCUCGUGCUGGGGCCGGGCCUGAGGCUCGUGCUGAGGCCGGGCCUGAGGCUCGUGCUAAGGCCGGACCUGAGGCUCGUGCUGGGGCCGGGCCUGAGGCUCGUGCUGAGGCCGGGCCUGAGGCUCGUGCUAAGGCCGGACCUGAGGCUCGUGCUGAGGCCGGGCCUGAGGCUCGUGCUGAGGCCGGGCCUGAGGCUCGUGCUGAGGCCGGACCUGAGGCUCGUGCUGAGGCCGGACCUGAGGCUCGUGCUGGGGCCGGGCCUGAGGCUCGUGCUGAGGCCGGGCCUGAGGCUCGUGCUAAGGCCGGACCUGAGGCUCGUGCUGAGGCCGGGCCUGAGGCUCGUGCUGAGGCCGGACCUGAGGCUCGUGCUGAGGCCGGGCCUGAGGCUCGUGCUGAGGCCGGACCUGAGGCUCGUGCUGAGGCCGGACCUGAGGCUCGUGCUGAGGCCGGGCCUGAGGCUCGUGCUGAGGCCGGACCUGAGGCUCGUGCUGGGGCCGGGCCUGAGGCUCGUGCUGAGGCCGGACCUGUGGCUCGUGCUGGGGCCGGACCUGAGGCUCGUGCUGAGGCCGGACCUGAGGCUCGUGCUGGGGCCGGGCCUGAGGCUCGUGCUGGGGCCGUGUCGUCUACAGCAGUUUGUGGAAAUGCUUUGUCGGACUGGGAGGAGUUACACAGUGCAGCUUUGA